AUGCGUUUUCAUAUAAAAGCAUCAGCAGAGAACAGUCUGUGGAUCUUGUUGUUUCCACCACUCAUGAAAGACAACAUCAUCAUUGACAUUGAAGACAACUCUGUUAUUGAAGCAGCAGAGAAUCAAGGCGCCACCAUUAUUGAAAAGUACCUCUUCUUCAUUGGAUUUGCUGUUCCUGUCGCCUGGUUCAUUGGCAGUAGCUCUUGCGGUAAAGACAACAAGGAGCUGUGUUAUUCAGCCUUUGUAUGGAAAAAGAGAUGUCGUAUCGCAGCGACGCUUAGUUUGACAUUGCUGAUUGUCAUUGCGGCUGUGGUGAUGGUAGUGAAUCCACAGCUAUUUGGCCUCAAGACAGAGUUCACAGGCGCACAAACAUCCUCUGCUACAAACAAUGCGAUUCGGCCUGGUGUUCCCAUCAUUGGCACAAACGAUUGGGGUGAUACUGUUGCGGGCAUCACAGUGGACAGCACUUGA